ACUUUGAUCAAGCGGAGGUCAAGGGUGAACUGCCUCAGAUUUAUAAGUUAACUCGGUCGCACGGGACUCAGUCAGUCAGUGUUGCAGACUCAACACCAACCGGAAUACACAAUCUCGUGCAGUCAGAUGUCGGCCAAGACGAUCUCGCAGCCGCAAAGGCAAGCCGCCAUCCUGGACCCUUCGGACAAGUAUCGUCCGGAGCCGGUGUACUCUGGGAAAUUGGAGAACGAGUUUAGAAAUUUCGCGGAGGACAAUAUUGAUCCCGUAAUGGAUCGCGUUCGAAGGACUUACCAGAAAAUGCACACGAAUCAGACUGUUGAGUUCGUGCAAUCGCGCAUGAAGGACUGGCUACAGUUCAACAAGUUCAAGAUGUCCGUGAAGGACGCUCUGAUCAAGCUGAAUGAUCUAAUAGACGAAAGCGACCCGGACAUCGACCUGCCGAACAUCGUGCACGCGUUCCAAACCGCGGAAUCUAUCAGGAAAGAACAUCCUGACCUAGAUUGGUUCCACUUGACUGGUUUAAUUCACGAUCUGGGCAAGGUGAUGGCGUUUUAUGGUGAACCGCAAUGGGCUGUAGUUGGCGAUACAUUUCCGGUUGGAUGCGCUUGGGCCGACUCGAUCGUCUACAGGGAGUCGAGCUUCGAAGACAACCCUGACGGCAAGGACUCGCGCUACAACACGAAAUACGGCAUUUACAAGCCUGGGUGCGGCAUAGAGAAUCUGACGAUGUCCUGGGGCCACGACGAGUACUUGUACCGGGUGCUGGUGCACAACAAAGCCAAACUGCCAAAGGAGGCGUUAGCCAUGAUCCGUUACCAUUCGUUCUAUCCGUGGCACGCGGGCGGCGACUACAUGCACUUCUGCAACGACGAAGACAUGGAGAAGCUCAAGUGGAUCAACGAGUUCAACAAAUAUGAUUUGUACACGAAAAGCGGCGACGUUCCGGACAUCGAGAAAUUGUGGCCGUACUACGAGAAGCUAAUCGACAAGUACAUACCCGGCGUGCUGGAAUGGUGAAUCAACUCUUCCCGAGUCAGUGAGAAUCAAUUUAUCAUCGAUCAAUGGCAUCAGAGACUUCAAUGUCAAUGGAAAUGAGACAGAUCAGAGGAUAUUGUACUUAUAGAUUAGAACAGCUCCCGGUCCCUAGAUCAGACAUGUCCAAGAUGGCGUCUAAGCGGACCGGUUUCAACGGGUAAGGAGCAAAGCACGAAAAGCUCAGUCAUGUGCGUUCUUCAGGAGCCAAAAUUCUCAGGGUGGAGUGAUUAAAAGCUCAUUUAUAGAUAAAUUGCGAAAAUUUAUACAAAUACACAUUUUCCUGAGAGAACUGACGUUUAAUAGAGUUCAACUUUUUUCGGAAAUUAUUUUUGUUAAUUGAAUAUGAAGUGUGUAUUUUAUCAGUUUUUUAUAAGUGUACAUAUCUACAUAGUCUAUGCGUAAAAACACCACUGUUUAUACUUUUUCGUUACUAUUGCUCUUUGCGAGACUCGCGAGCCCCAGGAAUACGACUUAUCCGCGAACAGUAAUGUUAGGAGAAUUGCCUGCCGUAGGUGCUAUAAGACACAACGGUAGACAUUCCAAGCGCACACGUAAUUAUAUAACUCCACUAAUUUACCUAACUUAUUAAUGUGACUCCUCGUUACUGUAAUAUGUACAUAAUGUUAGAACCCGACUACGUAGACAACUCAGAAUACUUGAAACGGUUAAAUGAAAAAAUUGAUGCUUAUUAACAAUGAAAAGUCAUGCAUAAAAGUAUAUAUAAUUGUUUAAAAAUUAUAAAUUUAUCAAUAACAUUUCUACCUUUAAUAAAACGAACAUCACCAAAGA